AUGGAUUUUGUGCUUGGAGUGGCGGUCAUUGUGCUGCCACCGCAGCACCAGGUCCCCCUGGCGCUUGCAACAGCGGCCGUCAAGGGUCUGCAGGGCCUGAGGCGACGGCGCAAGCUGCGGCGGGCGGCCAGCAGCGCCGGCGUGCUCGGGGCUGGCGCCAGCAACGAGGUCCUGCUGGAGUGGCGAGACGUGACAUGCGUGCUCAAGGACAAAAAGACGGGGGCGGAGCGCCUGCUGCUGCACGGCGUGUCUGGCAGCGCGGCGCCGGGGCGCCUCACCGCCAUCAUGGGGCCCUCCGGCUCCGGCAAGACCACGCUGCUGGGGGCGCUGGCCGGGCAGAUGCCGUACAGCAGCAGCAUCCGGCUGCAGGGGCACGUCACCGCCAACGGCGUGCCGCUGCACGCCUCCCGCCUGCGUGUGGGCUUUGUGCAGCAGGACGACCUGUUCUACCCGCAGGCAGGCGCUGGGUGGCGGCAGGGAUGGGGUGGGCUGCGGGGCCAGCAAGGCGGCGGCAGCUGCGGGGCGGGGCGCAGGGGCGGGGCUGCAGGCCCGCCGGCCCUGACGGUGAGGGAGACGCUGCUGAUGGCGGCGGAGCUGCGCAUGAGCCGCGACACGAGCGGCGAGGAGAGGGAGGCGUAUGUGGAUGCAGUCAUCGCCCGCCUGGGGCUGGCCAAGGCCGCCAACACGCCGGUGGGGGACGCCAAAACGCGCGGGUUGAGCGGCGGUGAGAAGAAGCGGCUGAGCAUCGCUGUGGAGCUCAUCAGCCGCCCCAUGAUGGUCUGUUUGGAUGAGCCCACCAGCGGCUUGGAUGCCUUUGGAGCCCAGCAGGUGAUGAGCACCCUGAAGGACCUGUGCAGCGACGGUCACACCGUGCUGGUGUCCAUCCACCAGCCCCGCAGCAGCGUGUUUGCCAUGUUUGACGAGCUCAUCCUCAUGGCAGGCAAGGCUGUGCACGCGCGGGUGUGCACGAGCGCGUGCGCAAAGGGCGAGCUGGUGUACAGCGGCCCCGCCGCCAGCGUGCUGCCCUACUUUGCGGAGCAGGGCCACACCUGCCCGGAGCACUUCAACCCCGCGGAGUGGCUGGCCGACCUGGUUGCCGUAGACCACUCCAGCACAGAGGCGGAGGCAGCCAGCCGCGAGCGCCUGCAGCAGCUGGCCGCCGCGUGGCGCAAGGUGGACGCUGAGGCGGGCGAGGGCGGCGGCGGCGGCGGCGAUGGCGCUGCGGCCGCCGCCGCUGCCGGCGCCGUGGUGGCGGCCCCCGCCAGCCCCGCCUGCGGCCUGCGCACGCAGGUGUCCCUGCUGUUCAGGCGCAGCCUGCGUCAGGUGCUGCGCGACCGUGCCACCAACAUUGGGCGCGCCUCCAGCCAGGCCUCCUCCGCCCUCGUCUUUGCCGCCAUCUACUGGCGCAUGAGGCGCAGCCAGAGCAGCAUCCAGGACCGCAUGGGCCUGCUCCAGGUGUCGGCGGUGGGCACCGCCAUGAGCAGCCUCAUCAAGACGCUCAACGUCUUCCCACGGGAGAAGACGCUGGUUGGGCGGGAGCGGGCGCGCGCCGGCUACGGCGUGCUGCCCUACCUGCUCAGCAAGCUGGCCGCGGAGCUGCCCGUGGGCGCCCUCUUCCCCGCCCUCUUUGCCUGCCUGGUCUACCCCGCCACCGGCCUCAACCCCAGGCCCAACCGCUUUGCCUCCUUCCUGGCGGUGCUGACCCUGGAGGCGAUGUCGGCGCAGGCGCUGGGGCUGGCCGUGGGCGCCGCGGCGCCGUCCACCGAGGCGGCGCUGGCCAUCGGUCCCGCCGUCAUCCUCGUCAGCAUCGUGUUUGGGGGCCUGUUUGUGAACGAGAGCAACGUGCCGGGCCCGCUCAAGUGGCUGCCCUCCGCCUCGCUCAUCAAGCAGGCGUUCGAGGGAUCAUGCGUGAACGAGUUCAGGGGCGCGGAGUUUGAGCUGGAUGAGCGGGGCCAUGGGACGGCCACGGGGGACGAGGUGCUGGAGCGGCUGUCGUUUGGGGACAGCAGCCUGCGCCGCACGCUGGCCAGCCAGGGCAGGAUCAUGCUGACGUAUUACUGGCUGACGUAUUGCAUCCUGGUUAGGAAGCAGCCCAAGUACCAGCCACUGAUGAUGCCCUGA